UAUUUUUGUCCAACCAAACCCUUCAUUUCACCACCCACCCCACUCCACUCCUACGCUCGCCUUUCUCUACCCACCCAAAAAUGCAACUCCCAGAGCCAAAAAACCCCAUCAAAAAAUCCCACAAAAAACCCAAACACAAACACCCAAAUUACGACCAAAAUCCCCAAUCCGCCCCCUCAUCUUCUCCAUCCAUUUCGUUCAAAUCCAAUUCCGAAGUCAAACUUCUCAAAUUCGGCGGUCAAUUCAUCGUUAAAUCCUUCACAGUUCGCCGAAAUCGUCCAUUAGAGCUCUCUUCACUUCUAAAUCUCUCACCUCCACAACAAUUUCCAUCAACAAUCUCAUUUUUACCUUCAAAUUUCACCAUUUUAGCUCAUCAAGCUUGGCAUACCUUAACUCUAGGGUUAGGUACCAAGAAAUCUAAGAUCAUUAUCUUUGUUUUUGGUUCUGUUGAUGCGAAAUCCUCCAUUGAUUUGAAAUGGCCGCACGAGAUUGCCUUAGGUGACGUCAAUAAACGGUUGAUUCGUGGGAUGAACGGUUGGGAUUUCGCUAGGUUUAAAUUUAGAAAAGGGUGUAUUACUUUUUAUGUUUUUGCUGUUAGGAAAUGUGGUGAAAAAGUAUUCCAGUGUGGUGAAGAUUUGCGUGUUAUCCUGCACUCUGUUGUUUCUCUAAAUGAUUUUCUUGAUCAUACGGCUAUGCUUGCUUUGCCUAAUCAACGAUCCAUCAAUCAUUCUUCUUCAUCGAAUGCUAAUGCUCAUUCUGUUACUGCCCAUUGAGUUUGUUUUUGUAUUCAUUUAUUGGGACUAUUUGGGGGAAAAUUUUGUAUUCCACUUUUAAAAGUUAAUGAAAGUGAAAAUUUUAGCAUAUAGUAAUUUUCUUUUAUGAGGGUCUCAUUUUGUGAGAUUAUUUUUAUUGGUUUGAUAUAUAUCUAUUUAGUAUUUUAAAAUAAUUAUUUUUAACUUUUAAUUAAUUUAUUAGAGAAGUAGAUUAAUUAUAUGGAACUAUAUACGUAAGACUAGCUGGACCCAUAAAGGAUUGCUGAAUUUCCUAUAUUUGUCAUAGUUUUGGGACUUACUAAUUUAGAAAAUUGAGUAGAGAGACCAUCUCUAAUUGUAUUGUCAUAAAAAAAAAUAUAAUGUAAGAAUAAAUAAUAAGCUUUAAUAGAUUGACCUUAAGAAAAAGACUUGGCAGAUUGGGCAAUGUAUCAAAUUUCAAAUAGAAUAUUUAAAUUUUAGAAAUAAAUUUUCACCAAUG